CAGCUGCAUAACAGGAAAUACCGUAGAAUGUUGAAAGUGCAAUAAUUUACAAAAUGAUACCUUUCGAGUGAAUUUGAAUGCCGUUGUUUCGUGUUAUUUGCUCAUUUCUGGAUGAUGUUUAGUUGUCUAGAUUAUUAUUUGUAACGAAUUCAUUGUGAUUCACGUAAUUACAAUGUCAUCGAAGAAAAGAUCCAGGCGCUAUGAAGAUGAGGAGGACAGCCGAGACCAUAAGAGGCAUAAGGAAUCAAAACAUGAUUUGGAGAAACUGAAGAAACAAACUAAAAAACUUCAACAAGAAGUCCAAAAAAUAAAGCACGUUGAGACCUUUUAUGAAAAACCCCCUCCUGGCCUGAUUAAGGAGGACGAAUACAAACCCGAAGACUGUAUACCUGAUUCACCUGGGAAUGAACAAGCGAGAGACUUUUUGGCCCAUGCUCCCACCAAGGGUUUGUGGAUGCCACUUGGGAAGGAAGUCAAAGUAAUGCAGUGUUGGAGAUGCAAACGCUAUGGGCACCGAACGGGAGACAAGGAGUGCCCUUUCUUUAUCAAAGGAAACCAAAAGCUGGAACAGUUCAGAGUUGCACAUGAAGACCCAAUGUAUGACCUGAUAAGAGAAAACAAACACAAUGAAAAGGAAACAAGGAUACAGCAGCUACAGCAGCUGCUGCAGGACACCACCUCCGACUCGGACAGCAGCAGCAGCCGCAGCAGCAGCAGCAGCGGCGGCAGCAGCCGGCGCAGGAGCAAGAAGAAGGGGAAGAAGGAAAAGAAGAAGAAAGAGAAGAAAAAGCAGAAGAAGAAGAGCAAGAAAAGGAAGCGCAAGUCCUCCAGGGCCAGCGACGGCUCCUCGACGGACUGAAACGGGGACGUGGCCGGGCGCGCGGCUCUCCUGCCCCCCCGCCGUCGGGCCCCGCCCUCAGGAGGGGGCCCGGCCGACAGACAGACAGACAGAACGCCUCGGCGGCGUGCAGCGUGAGCCGCUAAUCACAGGGGGGGGGGGGCUUUGUUUCUCCCCCCCCCCCCCCCCGAGUCAGAACCGUUUAAUAAUGCAUGGAUUUCCCGCUCUCUGUUUGCCAAGGGUGAAAGGUUAAUUAGGCAUCUUCAUCAGAUCAUACAGAGCUGAUCCAAACAAGGACCUGAUCUCACAACCCUGCAUUUGCUGUGUAAAUAUGAUUCUGUCCACAGUGUAGACAAUUACACCAGGGAUGCAUAUGCAGGGGAGAUUGUGGUUUAUAUUGAGUGAAUGUACGCAAUACAUAUCCAUAUAGUAUGUAGGAAGUGUGUUACCUUCACUUUUCCUAUAAAAAAAAGUUUGCAGUUUACAGUGUUAUUCCGCCUUAUUUGAAAAAAGUGAUUGUCUAAUUUGGCUAAUCAGCUAGCCACAGCUUCCAGUAAUAGCCAGUCUUGCCACAGCACCUUUUAAUGUUUCAAGAUGCGCAGAUAUGUAAAUACGAAUGUAAAUAAAGGAGACUUCAAAUAAAUUCAACUAAAGAAUA